UCUAAUUAUACUCGGGUUAUAAUAAGAAAGGGUCUACUUUUAUUUUGAAAAUCUCCCGAGGAAGGCUUAGUGGGCUCUGACGUCAGGUGGAUGCCGCUGAUGUGAUUGAGAAGAAGUGGGGCUCUCAGACCCCAGGCCAGGAUAAAAAGAUGAGGCGCAGCGCGCGGCGCGCCUCCUCUCCGUCCUCCAUCCCGCGGCGCGCAUAAGGAGCGGCCGGGCGUCUGCGCGUCAUGCUGGGCAGCAAACACAGAAAGAACCGAGCCGGGACGUCCCAACCGAAGGCCAUCGAUCCUCUCAGGAAUCUGGGCGUUCAGGACGAUGAAGAUGUGAAGCAGAUGUUGCAGGGUUCCAGUAUGGUGAAGGUUCGCUCAGCUCGCUGGCAGAAACAUCGAACCUUGAAGCUUCUGGAAGAUGGCGUCACUAUCUGGUGUCAGUCCCACAAGACAUCCAGCCGGGCCAAGGAGCAGCAGUCCUUCUCCGUCAUGGAGGUGCAGUGUGUCCGUGAAGGUUGCCAGUCAGAAACCCUGCGGCGGAUGGCGGGCUCGGUGCCAGAGGGCCGAUGUCUGACCGUGGUCUUCAAAGGGCCGCGGAAGAGCCUGGAUCUCCUCUGCAGCAGCCAGGAGGAAGCUGAGCGCUGGGCCCGAGGCAUCCGGACUCUGCAGGAGAGAGUGGACAACAUGACCCACAAGGAGAAACUGGACCAUUGGAUCCAUGCCUAUCUGAGUCGAGCAGACCGUAACCGUGACGACAAGAUGAGCUACGAAGAGGUGCAGACGCUGCUGCAGAUGAUCAACAUCGACCUCAGCGAUCAGUACGCCCGCAGCCUCUUCCAGAAAUGUGACCGCUCCGCCGAUGGCCGUCUGGACCAUGAGGAGAUUGAAGUGUUCUGCAAAGAACUGCUGCGGCGUCCGGAACUGGAUGCCGUCUUCAUUCGAUAUUCUGCUAACGGCUGCGUUCUCUCAACCGUGGACCUGAGGGGCUUCCUGAAGGACCAGGGGGAGGACGCCUCAGUCACACACGCUCAGAGCCUCAUCCUGACCUACGAACUCAACGAGUGGGCCCAGAGGAACCAGUUCAUGACCCCUAAUGGUUUCACCAUGUACAUGCUGUCUAAGGAGAACUGUGUGUUUAACCCCGACCAUCUGAGAGUUUAUCAGGACAUGAAACAGCCGCUGUCCCAUUAUUUCAUCUCCUCCUCCCACAACACCUACCUCACCAAGGACCAGCUGACUGGGGACAGCAGCACCGAGGCCUACAUACGGGCUCUGAGUCACGGCUGCCGCUGUGUGGAGCUGGACUGCUGGGAUGGAGACGGAGGAGAACCCGUCAUCUAUCACGGACACACGCUCACAUCCAAGGUGCCCUUUGUUGAGGUGAUCAAGACUAUCAACGAGUACGCCUUUAAGGCGUCCCCCUAUCCUCUGAUCCUGUCUCUGGAGAACCACUGCUCCGUGGAGCAGCAGACCGUCAUGGCUCGACACCUGAAAUCCAUCCUUGGAGACAAGCUGCUCCUCAAGCCGCUUGUUGGCCUGCCGGCGUCUUCUCUGCCGUUUCCAGAGGAUCUAAAGGGUAAAGUCCUCAUCAAGGGGAAGAAGGAGAAGGUGGAGGAAGAUUCGUCCGGUUCUUCAGACUUGGACUCAUCAGAAGACGAGGCGAGUCGUGGAAAAGCAUCUGGAAAGAAAGAAGACAAGAAGCCAGGAGUGUCCAAGCUGAGUCCAGAGCUGUCAGACCUGGUGGUGUACACUCGCAGCGUGCCCUUUAAAAGCUUCGAAGAUGCCACCAAAAACCCAGCAACUGAGAUGUCCUCGUUCUCUGAGAGUGAAGCCCUCAGACUCAUCAAGGAUUCAGGGAUGCAUUUUCUUCGUCACAACUGUCACCAGAUCAGCAGGAUUUACCCGUCAGGCCAACGGCUGCAGUCGUCCAACUACAACCCUCAGGACAUGUGGAAUGCUGGCUGUCAGAUAGUUGCUCUGAACUUCCAGACGCUGGGAGAGCAGAUGGACCUGAAUCGAGGACGUUUUUUGCAGAAUGGUCUUUGUGGAUUCGUCCUGAAGCCGCCGUUUAUGAGGCAGCCCGGCUCCUCCUUCAACCCGGAGAACGUCGGAGGAGGUCCUGGCCACAGACCCGUCCUGCUGACUGUCCGGGUCAUUUCCGCCCAGCAGCUUCCCAAACCGGACUGGGACAAACCCAGCUCCAUAGUGGAUCCUCAGGUGUGGGUGGAGAUACAUGGAGUCCCCAUCGACAACGUCAAGAAGAAAACCAACCAUGUGGACAACAACGGCUUUAACCCGCGGUGGGACUGCACCUUUAACUUCACCGUUCACGUUCCGGACUUGGCUCUGGUUCGUUUUGUGGUGGAGGAUCAUGACUACACCUCCAGUAACGACUUCCUGGGGCAGUUCACGCUGCCGUUUAGCAGUCUGCGCACAGGGUACCGCCAUGUCCGUCUGCUGAAGCUGGACGGUUCCAGCCUCUCGCCCGCCUCUCUCUUCAUCCACGUGAAGGUCACUCCCUCCAAACCAUCAGCUGGGCGAGCAGCUGAGCCGUCAGCUCCCUGAGCCGACCUCCGUCCCUCAGAGCCUCAUAGCCUGAAUGUUUGAUGCUGACAGGAUGAGGCUGCUGGUUGCAGCUGCUCCUGCAGGUAUAUCCUGCUCAUGGGUGUCUCUGCUGCACCAAGCAGGGCUGAGUUUCUAACAUGAUUCAGCAGCGAUGCUUUUAAAGCCGCCUGCCGAUUCUAGGAAGAAAUGAAAUCACUGUGAUCGUUUUAUCUACCAAACAUCAACCAGACUUGAAAUAUGUUUACUGUAUGAAUCAAACUUUCUAAACAUGCAGUAUUUUAAUAUUGAGGAACUCCCUCAGGUAAAAACACUGUGGGUGUGACAUGAAGGAGCUCGUUCUCACUGCAGUCACCUCUAACAGUCACGGUUAGAGUUUUAUUUCUGCUUUUUGUUUUAUUUCUGCUCUGGACUCACGGAUCUGUCCGCGCUACCUAAACACAGCUGCAAAAACAAUCCAGAAAUAGGUAAAAACUUCUUAAAUUUCACCUUAAUUUGAGCGGGGAAAUAAGAUGAUCUGCCAAUAGAAUCAUUCAUUUUACUCUUAAAAUAAGAUAAUUAGAUAAUAUUCAAUUGAAAAAAGACAAUGAAAUAAUUUUUUUCUUAUU